AUAAUAAUAAUAAACCUCAGACCAUGCAUGUAUUAAUCAGCCUUCACAAUAAUAAUAACAACAAUAAUAAGGAAACACCAGUCCCUACAUCUUUUUACCAUUCCUCACUAGUAAGAAGAAGUAAAUGCUAUUCCUUGCAUGCCUUGAUCUGCUGAUUGUGGGCUAAGAGGGGAGGGCAUUGCUAAGCCUUUGCCAGAGCUGCCUGCUUGUCUCUGGCCUCAUAAAUCACCCUUCGCCUCUCUUUGUGCUUUUCUCCUCUCUGGGUUUAUUAUGUGAACGAAGGAACGAAGGAGGAAGACUUUCCACUCCUUUUUAAGACACUGGCGGAUGGAUGGAUGGAUGGAGUGUUUAUGGAGGGAGAGCUUCCAGGGGAUGCCACAGAGAUCAUUGGGGAAGUUGGAGGAGCAAUUUUGCAGCAACGCCUGGUGCAAACAUCUGGAGGAAACAGGGUCCCAGAGCCCUUCCUUUACACUCUGCACAUGCCCUGGGGACCCCCUUCCCAGGGAGCCCUCCUUCUCCAUAUUUGGCCUGUUUUUCCAUUUCUGUGGGAUGGACCUUUUCAGUGCAUCCGGAAUGCAAUAGGGAAUUCCUGGAGGAUCCUCCUUCCCUUUUUUGGGAGGUAAAAUAUUAUAGGGUCUAAUGUGUUGUUGAAGGCUUUCAUGACCUGAAUCUCUGGGUUGCUGUGAGUUUUCCGGGCAGUAUGGCCAUGUUCCAGAAGCAUUCUCUCCUGAUGUUUCGCCCACAUCUAUGGCAGGCAUCCUCAGAGGUUGUGAGGUCUGUUGGAAACUUGGCAAGUGAGGUUUAUAUAUCUGUGGAAUGGAGAGAAUGCUUCUGGAACAUGGCCAUACAGCCUGGAAAACUCACAGCAACCCUAUUAUAGGGUCUCUUUGGAAGUUUCAGGAGCAACUCAAUGGGGACCCAGUUCUAGUUCUUCCUUCUUACAAAUCGCUGCAAAACAAAAAGAAAAUCCUUUUCCAGCUUGGCCUUGCCUCCCUCUUUUGCAGUGAUCCUUUUCCCAUUUAAGGCCAAAGGGAGGCAUAUAUAUAUAUACACACACACACACACACACACAAAUUAUGGACAGGGCUUUUUUCUCAGGCUGCCUUUCCCUCGGGGCUCAAACGUUGCAUAAAUAAGGCCUAAAUAGGGAUAAAUGGAGAGACCUUUGCAAACUUUUAAUUAGGGAUUCCUGGCCAUGGAGAGAUAAGGCUCCUUUUGGGCCAUAUAUCUGCAAAUCCCCCUUUUUAAAAUGCAUGAGAAAGUAGGAAAGAGAUAGCAAAGUGAUGCAUCCUGUUUAAAGACAACACCGCCCCGCCCCAACCACCACAAAAAAAGAAUAGUUUAUAAACAGCAAAACAGAAGGAAGGUUUUCCCAAGUAUCCCAUAAAGUUUGGUCCUAAAAGGAAAGUUUAAAGAGUGAAAAGGAAUGGUUCUAAAUGUGAAUCAUGUCUCUUUAGGGUUGAUUCAAUCCUUAGGGGUGGUCCUUAUGGGUCCCUCCCCCAUCAGUGGGCUCUAUAUAGGGAAGAGGCAAAGCCCUAAAAGCCCUUGUCGCUUGUGGUGCUGCUUCCGGACUCCUUCCUGGACCUUUUCUCCUUUUUCUGGCCCCAAGUACCCUUUGACCCCUGCCAUGGCCCAGAAAGGCCCCCUGAGCGAGGAUGAGAAGUUCCUCUUUGUGGACAAGGACCCUCUGGGAGGGACGGUGGCACAGGCGGACUGGUCGGCCAAGCGCCUGGUCUGGGUCCCUUCCGAGAAGCAUGGCUUUGAGGCGGCCAGCAUCAAGGAGGAGAAGGGCGAGGAGGUGCUGGUGGAGCUCACCGAGAACGGGCGCAAGGCCACCUUCGCCAAGGAUGACAUCCAGAAGAUGAACCCCCCCAAGUUCUCCAAGGUGGAGGAUAUGGCUGAGCUCACCUGCCUCAAUGAGGCUUCCGUUCUCCACAACCUGCGUGAGAGAUACUUCUCUGGACUCAUCUAUACGUAUUCAGGCCUUUUCUGCGUGGUGGUCAACCCUUACAAGCAGCUGCCCAUAUAUUCAGAGAAGAUCGUGGACAUGUACAAAGGCAAGAAGCGGCACGAGAUGCCUCCCCACAUCUACGCCAUCGCCGACACAGCCUACCGGAGCAUGCUGCAAGAUCGAGAGGAUCAGUCCAUCCUUUGCACAGGGGAAUCCGGUGCCGGCAAAACAGAAAACACCAAGAAGGUCAUUCAGUAUUUGGCCGUGGUGGCUUCCUCCCACAAGGGCAAGAAGGACACCAGCAUCACGCAAGGGCCAUCUUUUGCUUACGGUGAAUUGGAGAAGCAGCUGCUCCAAGCAAAUCCUAUCCUGGAAGCUUUUGGAAAUGCCAAAACGGUGAAAAAUGACAAUUCUUCCCGAUUCGGCAAAUUCAUCCGGAUCAAUUUUGAUGUCACCGGCUACAUCGUGGGAGCCAACAUCGAAACCUAUUUGCUGGAGAAAUCCCGUGCCAUCCGCCAAGCCAGGGAAGAGCGGACCUUCCACAUAUUUUACUAUCUGCUUGCUGGGGCCAGUGAGCAAAUGAAGAAGGACCUGCUGCUGGAAAACUUCAACAACUACACCUUCCUCUCCAACGGAUAUGUCCCCAUUCCAUCCCAGCAAGACGAUGAAAUGUUCCAGGAGACCAUCGAAGCCAUGGCUAUUAUGGGGUUCAAUGAGGAGGAGCAGAUUGCGAUGCUGAGAGUGGUCUCCUCGGUCCUGCAACUGGGCAACAUCGUCUUCAAGAAGGAGAGAAACACUGAUCAGGCCUCCAUGCCAGACGAUACGGUGGCUCAGAAGGUGUGCCACCUGAUGGGAAUCAACGUGACAGAUUUCACGCGAGCCAUUCUUACACCAAGGAUCAAAGUUGGAAGAGACGUGGUGCAGAAAGCGCAGACCAAGGAACAGGCGGACUUUGCCAUUGAGGCCCUGGCCAAAGCCAUCUACGAGCGCCUUUUCCGUUGGAUCUUGACUCGGGUCAACAAGGCCUUGGACAAAACCAAGCGGCAAGGGGCCUCCUUCUUGGGGAUCCUGGAUAUCGCCGGCUUCGAGAUCUUUGAGAUCAACUCCUUUGAGCAGCUCUGCAUCAACUACACCAACGAGAAGCUGCAGCAACUCUUCAACCACACCAUGUUCAUCCUGGAACAGGAGGAGUAUCAGAGGGAGGGCAUCGAGUGGAACUUCAUCGACUUUGGGCUUGAUCUCCAGCCUUGCAUCGAACUGAUUGAGAGACCUAACAACCCUCCAGGCAUCUUGGCCCUUCUGGAUGAGGAAUGCUGGUUCCCCAAAGCUACCGACACUUCGCUGGUGGAGAAACUGUGUGCAGAACAAGGGAAUCACCCCAAAUUCUCGAAGCAGAAGCAGCUCAAGGACAAGACGGAGUUCUGCAUUAUGCAUUACGCGGGGAAGGUCAUCUACAAUGCGACCGCGUGGUUGACGAAGAACAUGGAUCCCUUGAACGAUAAUGUGACAGCUUUGCUCAACCAGUCUUCUGAAAAGUUUGUGGCAGAUCUUUGGAAAGAAGUGGACCGCAUUGUGGGCCUGGACCAGAUGGCCAAAAUGACCGAGAGCUCGCUGCCCAGCGCCUCCAAGACCAAGAAGGGCAUGUUCCGGACGGUGGGGCAGCUCUACAAGGAGCAGCUGACCAAGCUGAUGACCACCCUCCACAACACCAGCCCCAACUUCGUCCGGUGCAUCAUCCCCAACCAUGAGAAGAGGUCUGGGAAGCUCGAUGCCCACCUGGUGCUAGAACAGCUGCGGUGCAACGGGGUUUUGGAGGGGAUCCGUAUCUGCCGCCAAGGUUUCCCCAACAGGAUCGUCUUCCAGGAGUUCCGCCAGCGCUAUGAAAUCCUUGCUGCCAAUGCCAUUCCAAAAGGAUUUAUGGAUGGGAAACAGGCCUGCAUCCUCAUGAUGAAAGCCCUGGAGCUGGAUCCCAACUUGUACCGGAUCGGUCAGAGCAAGAUCUUCUUCCGGACGGGAGUCUUGGCCCACUUGGAGGAAGAGCGGGACCUCAAGAUCACUGACGUCAUCAUCACCUUCCAGGCCCAGUCCAGGGGAUACCUGGCCAGGAAGGCUUUUGCAAAGAGGCAGCAGCAAUUGACGGCCAUGAAGGUCAUCCAGAGGAACUGUGUGGCUUACCUGAAGCUGCGGAACUGGCAAUGGUGGAGACUCUUCACCAAAGUGAAGCCACUGCUUCAAGUGACCCGUCAGGAGGAAGAGAUGCAGGUCAAAGAUGAGGAGCUCAAGGCAGUGAAGGAGCGGCAAAUCAAGACGGAGAGCGAACUCAAAGAGCUGGAGCAGAAACACAGCCAGUUGACCGAAGAGAAGAACCAACUCCAAGAGCAGCUGCAGGCUGAGACGGAGCUGUACGCCGAGGCGGAGGAGAUGCGGAUUCGUCUGGCGGCCAAGAAGCAGGAGCUGGAGGAGAUCCUGCACGAAAUGGAGGCCCGGAUCGAGGAGGAGGAAGAGCGUGGGCAGCAGCUGCAGACCGAGAAGAAGAAGAUGCAGCAGCAGAUGCUGGAUCUGGAGGACCAGCUGGAAGAAGAGGAAGCCGCCCGGCAGAAACUGCAGCUGGAGAAAGUGACGGCGGAAGCCAAGAUCAAGAAGCUGGAGGAUGACAUCUUGGUGAUGGACGACCAGAACAUCAAGCUCACUAAGGAGAGGAAGCUGAUGGAGGAGCGUAUCAGUGACUUGACCACCAACCUGGCGGAGGAGGAGGAGAAGGCCAAGAACCUUACCAAGUUGAAGAACAAACACGAGUCUAUGAUCUCAGAGCUGGAGGUGCGGUUGAAGAAGGAGGAGAAGGGCCGCCAGGAGCUGGACAAGGCCAAGCGGAAGCUGGAGGGCGAGGCCAGUGACCUCCACGAGCAGAUCGCUGACCUCCAGGCCCAGAUUGCGGAACUCAAGGCCCAGCUGGCCAAGAAGGAGGAGGAGCUGCAAGCCGCACUGGCCAGGCUUGAAGAUGAAAUGGGACAGAAGAACAACGCCUUGAAGAAAAUCCGGGAGUUGGAGGCCCACAUCUCAGACCUCCAGGAGGACCUGGACUCAGAGCGGGCAGCCCGGAAUAAGGCCGAGAAGCAAAAGCGGGACCUGGGUGAGGAGCUGGAAGCCCUCAAGACGGAGCUGGAGGACACCCUGGACAGCACCGCCACCCAGCAGGAACUCAGGGCCAAGAGGGAGCAGGAAGUGACUGUCCUGAAGCGGGCGCUGGAGGAGGAGACGCGAACCCAUGAAGCCCAGGUCCAGGAGAUGCGACAGAAGCACACGCAGGCCGUGGAGGAGCUGGCAGAGCAGCUGGAGCAAUUCAAGCGGGCCAAAGCCAACCUGGACAAAACCAAGCAGGGCUUGGAGAAGGACAACGCUGACCUCAGCAACGAGGUCCGGUCGCUCAACCAGGCCAAGCAGGAAGUGGAGCACAAGAAGAAGAAGCUGGAAGGGCAACUCCAGGAACUGCAGACCAAGUUCGCAGAAGGAGAACGGGUCCGGACGGAGCUGGGAGAAAAAGUCAACAAGCUACAGGUGGAAGUGGAGAAUGUGACGGGGCUUUUGAGUGAGGCCGAAAGCAAGACCAUCAAGCUGAACAAGGAUGUCUCGACCCUGAGCUCCCAGCUGCAGGACACUCAGGAGCUUCUCCAAGAAGAGACGCGGCAGAAGCUCAACUUGUCCACUAAACUUCGCCAAAUGGAGGAUGAGAAGAACAGCUUGCAGGACCAACUGGACGAAGAGAUGGAGGCCAAGCAGAACCUGGAGCGGCACAUUUCCACCCUCAAUGUCCAGCUGUCAGACUCCAAGCGGAAGCUGCAGGAAUACGUGGCCACUGUGGAAAACAUGGAGGAAGGCAAGAAGCGGCUGCAGAAGGAGGUUGAGGGCCUGACGCAUCAAUUUGAGGAGAAGGCGGCCUCCUACGACAAGCUGGAGAAGACCAAGAACCGCCUGCAGCAGGAGCUGGACGACCUGGUGGUGGACCUGGACAACCAGCGGCAGAUGGUCUCCAACCUGGAGAAGAAGCAGAAGAAGUUCGACCAGAUGCUAGCAGAGGAGAAGACCAUCUCCUCUAAGUUUGCGGAAGAGCGGGACCGUGCUGAGGCCGAGGCUCGGGAGAAGGAGACCAAGGCCCUGUCCUUGGCGCGAGCCCUGGAGGAGGCCCUGGAGGCCAAGGAGGAGCUGGAAAGGGCCAACAAGGCCUUGCGGGCUGAGAUGGAGGACCUAGUCAGCUCCAAGGAUGACGUCGGGAAGAACGUCCACGACCUGGAGAAGUCCAAGCGGGCACUGGAGCAGCAGGUGGAGGAGAUGAAGACGCAGCUGGAAGAGCUGGAGGAUGAGCUCCAGGCCACGGAGGAUGCCAAGCUGCGGCUGGAGGUCAACAUGCAGGCCCUCAAGGGGCAGUUCGAGCGCGACCUCCAGGCUCGGGAUGAGCAGAACGAGGAGAAGCGUCGCCAGCUCCAGAAGCAGCUCCACGAAAUGGAGGUGGAACUGGAGGAUGAGCGGAAGCAGCGGGGUUUGGCUGCUGCAGCCAAGAAGAAGCUGGAGGUGGACCUCAAGGACCUGGAGGGUCAGGUGGACUCAGCCAACAAGGGCCGGGAGGAGGCCAUCAAGCAGCUACGGAAACUGCAGGCCCAGAUGAAGGACUUCCAGCGGGAGCUGGACGAUGCCCGGGCCGCGAGGGAAGAGGUCUUUGCCACGGCCAGAGAGAACGAGAAGAAGGCCAAGAACCUGGAGGCCGAGUUGAUGCAGCUCCAGGAGGAUUUGGCGGCCGCAGAACGGGCCAAGAAGCAAGCGGAGCAAGAGAAGGACGACUUGGCAGAAGAGCUGGCCAGCGCCACUUCGGGCAGGACCAGCCUGCAGGACGAGAAGCGCCGUUUGGAGGCCAGGAUCUCGCAGCUGGAGGAAGAGCUGGAGGAGGAGCAGGGCAACAUGGAGGCCAUGAGCGACCGCUUCCGGAAGGCCGUCCAACAGUCGGAGCAGCUGAGCAAUGAACUGGCCUCAGAGCGGGCAGCGGCGCAGAAGAACGAGAGCGGGCGGCAGCAGCUGGAGCGGCAGAACAAGGAGCUGCGGUCCAAGUUGCAGGAGAUGGAGGGGGCUGUCAAGUCCAAGUUCAAGGCCACCGUCACGGCCCUCGAGGCCAAGAUCGCACAGCUGGAGGAACAGCUGGAGCAGGAGGCCAGGGAAAAGCAGACAGCCACCAAGACCCUGCGGCAGAAAGACAAGAAGCUCAAGGAGGUUUUGCUUCAGGUGGAGGAUGAGAGGAAGCAGGCGGAGCAAUACAAAGACCAGGCUGACAAAGGCACCGCCCGGGUGAAGCAGCUGAAGCGGCAGCUGGAGGAGGCAGAGGAGGAAGCCCAGCGCAUCAACGCCAGCCGCCGGAAGCUACAGCGGGAGCUGGAUGAAGCCACCGAGGGCAGCGAGGCUUUGGGCCGGGAGGUGGCCGCCCUCAAGAACAAGCUCAGACGGGGCAACGAGCCCUCCGCCUCCUCUUUUGCCCCAUCCAGACGGUCCGGCGGAGGAGGAGGAGGGAGGCGCACCAUCGAAAACGCAGCUGGAGAAGGCUCAGAGGACGACACCGAUGCAAAAGACGGGGACUUCAACGGCACCAAGGCCGAGUGAGGGCCCUCUGAAGGCCAUCCAAACGGACCCCACACCAAAA